AUGAAUAUCCUCGUCUGCCCCUCCGGCUUCAAGGGGAGCAUCAGCCCCGAGAUCGCCGCCGACUGCAUCGAAGCAGGAAUCCUCCGAGCCAUGCCCUCAGCCCAUAUCCGCAAGGUGCCUCUCGCAGACGGCGGAGAGGGAUUUGCUCAGGCCCUCGUCGCUGCAACGGGUGGAACAAUGCGUAGCCACCGCGUUAUUGGCCCAUUGGGCACACCUACCGAUUCGUUCUAUGGGAUCCUGGGAAACACACCCCCAUUCGAGACCAAGACCGCUGUCAUCGAGAUGGCUGCGGCAGCCGGACUCAGCCUGAUUCCUAAAGCCUGUCGCAACCCAUGCGUGACUACCACGUAUGGUGUGGGCGAGCUGAUUGCCGCUGCCCUUGAUGAAGGCGUUGAACGGAUUAUCAUCGGCUGCGGCGACUCAGGGACCAGCGAUGGGGGUGCAGGGAUGCUGCAAGGUCUAGGGGCGAGACUCAUAGAUCGUAACGGGCAAGACCUCCCCCGAGCAGGCGGAGGGCAGUCUCUUGUAUCACUUGCCGGGGUUGACUUUUCCAAGAUGCAUCCUGGGCUGAGCACGGUCUCAAUCGAGGCUGUCUGUAACUGGAAGAACGUCCUGUGUGGACCUGAAGGGGUGGCCCGUGUGUAUGGGCCUCAGAAGGGCGCAUCCCCUGCGCAGACGGAGGUUCUGGCAGCUGCAUUGGAAACGUAUGCGGUUGUCAUUCAUCGCACACUUGGGAUUAAGAUAUCUGACAUGCCAGGAAGCGGUGCUUCCGGCGGACUAGGGGCAGGGCUCCUCCUCAUCCAGGCCACGCUGCGUCCGAGAUACGACGCCUUGACUGAGUACUUCCACCUGGAAGAUAUUUUCAAAGACUCCGAGCUGGUCUUCACGGCUGAGGGGAUGAUUGAUGACCAGACGCCGAGGGGGAAGAUUCCAGCAGAGGUGGCUCUGCGCACGCAGGAACGGGGAAUCCCUCUUAUCGCCCUGGCUGGCACAGUUGGUCGGGGUUCACGGGUGAAUUAUGCAGCAGGAGUCGAUGCAUUUGCAUCUAUUUUACAGCGACCGUUGACGUUGGAGGAGGCGAUGGAGGAAACUGAGCAGUUGCUGGCGGAGGCAGCAGAGGGCGCGAUGCGAAUGGUGCUUGUAGGACGGCGUCUGUAG